AUGUCAACAGGGUUCUAUAUUGGACAGACUUACAAAGACAAACGUAAUGGUGUUGGAACUUACUACUACGGGAAUGGGUAUUAUAAGUAUGAAGGUAAUUGGAAGGAUGGCAAAAAUGCGGUGAGUUCUGUUGAUUUGCCUAAAAUUUUAGGAAAUGGAAAGUUCUCUAUGAAGGAUGGAAGUUUUUAUGAAGGGAACUUUAUUGAUGGUGAGAUAAGUGGUAGAGGAAGGAGAUAUUAUGCUUUAUCGAAAAAUGAAUAUAUCGGUCAGUUUAUGCUAGGAGAACGACACGGAUAUGGUCGAAUGAACUAUGCGGAUGGAUCCAUUUAUGAAGGAGAUUGGUCUCACAACUUACAACAAGGACAGGGCAAAUACAUUGGGGCGGAUGGAAGUAAAUAUACCGGUGGUUUUAUCGCCAACAAAAGAAAUGGAGCAGGAUGUUUAUGGUCACACGCGGUGAAUUCUCAUCUGGGAAGCCUAAUGGACAGGGGUCAUGGAAAAACGGUUUACCAUGUCGAGAAGCAAACUACCUGCGGUUGUCAGUUGAAGCUGAGAGAGACCGUUUACAGUACACUCCUUCUUACUUGGUUGAAUAUCGAAAUUCUCCAAUCAAGGAAGAAACUUACAAAUUUGCUACAUUCUCAAAAAAUGGAAAUUUCAUCGGAUGAAUUAAAGUCUAAAAUUAGUGUUGAUAUUUGCGUAUACACUGAAAGUCGGCAAAUUUUAAUCGAAGAAAGCAAUCGUCAGCUUGCCGUAUGGGUGGGGAAAAUUUGUAAAGAGAAUCUACAGUCUCGGAUACCCGUAGAAUUGCAAGUUCAAGUUGAAACUCCAUUUUUGUCAUCAAUGAAAGAGAAAGGAAUUUACGUGAUGGAAACACCAUUGUAGGUGAUUCUUUGUUUUUAUUGAAAUUAUAUUCGAAGUAACUGAAUUAAUUUAUACGUAUUUGCAGUCAAAUCAUAUACGUAUUUCUUGGAAUACGGUCUCUGUAUCGCUAGCUCUUAUCAACUGCACUAAAUAAUGAGGAUACUGUUCAGAAAAGCAUCCUAAGCUGUUGCAACAAUUGAGCGAUUUUUCAUUGUCAGGCAUUAUCAUUAUUACACACUAAUAAGAAGGUGAAACGCUUUCAUCCUCAUUGGGUACCGUUACAGCUGAAAGUAUGUCACUACGACCUCAUGUGACUUGGAGACAUUUCUCCCUCAUGGUUAUCCAAGAGAGGGUUAUUGUAAUAUCUGGGUUAUUCCUUUUGUUUUAGAUGAUGCUGUAACCGUAAGUAUUUGGGUUCCAUUGAUUGAGCGUGACAUAUUCGACGCUUAUAUGAUACGCAGAACAAAAGAGUGAAGUGACCUGAUUACAAAGUGGAAAACCUCGUCUGGUUAACUAGUUACUAGCCAUUCCUAAGCCCGGAUAAAGAGACAAAGUUGGGCAUAGGGCCAGCAACCCUACCCCGUAAAACUAAUCCAACCGCUACAGAAACCCAACCGAUAGCUGCUACCUUGACGUGAUGGUCGGGCUUGCAUAUCAUAAUGACCCAACGAGCUAUGCUGGUGCAACGCUUGUUCCCUCGAGGUCCUACCAUACCAGAAAAGUCUGUUGGAUAGUGGUUAGACGAAAAGCAGUUACCGUUAUAGUGUAAAUUGCUACACUAUGAUGGGAGUCUGAGGGCGAAGUCGUACUGCUGCUAGCUGGAUGGGGUGUGACAGCAGUAAGGUGUUUCCCUUGGACGACCAGCAGUGCCAAGCUGAUGCUGCCUUCUCAGUGGAAGGGGGGGUUAGAAAAGGUCGGCCCAAAAAUAACACAUUCCACCAUACCCCAUGGUCUGCCGGGUCGGCGGUGUUGGUUCAUUUGUCGUUUCUUUUCGACCAUCCGGCCCCAAAAACAACAAAAGUUCAAAAUAAUCAUGCACAAAAGGCUUCGUGUGACAGGCCUCAAGCAGAUGUCCGAUGGGUUCUGCGGUCACACAAAUCUCUUUCAGGUACCUUAAGAAGGAAUAGCCUUCCACGGUGUGGGCAGCCGGAAAGUGUCAACCGUCCUCCCAACUCCGUCAACACUCAAGUUUCCUUAGGCUGCUAUCCACCUCCUCCAUCAUUACCUCCUAAUCUACCUUCAAAUCUCUCAACUAACGAUGAUACAUCCUUUUCAGUUUCUCCUAGCUCUGUAGCCUUCGACAACUAUCUGAGUCCACAAAACAACAUACUUGGUCUCCUGAAACCACGCUACAAAUUACACAUUGGAGCCUUCAAUGUCCACACCCUCCGUCAAAUUGGUCAACAGGCUUCGUUGGCAAAGACUCUAGCAACUCGGGCAUGGAUGUGUGCUGUGUUUGUGAGACACGCAUACAGGACCCAAGUACGGUUAUUCACCUGACCUCUCCUGACCAAUCUGGUGAAUCCGCAAAAUUCACCCUUCGAGUUUCUGGAGAUUCGAUAGCUAGCUCUCGGGGUCUUGCAGGUGUAGGCAUAGCAUUAAGCACUAGGGCAGAAAACUCACUACUAGACUGGAUCCCAGUUGAUAGUCGCCUCUGCGCUAUCUGACUGAACGGCACAGUGAGAACUAAAAGGAAUAGUGAGACUCGCCGUUGUCUCUUUGUAAUCUCUGCUUACGCACCCACUGACUGUAGUUCGAAUGAAGUGAAGAACGAGUUCUACCGAAAACUGUCUAACCUCUUCUCGAAAGCCAGACGUUCGGACGUGGUGGUUGUUGCAGGUGACUUCAACGCACAGGUGCGUAGACUGAGUGAGGCAAAAAAGCACUUAGGUGGCACUUUCGGAAUCCCGACUGAACGUACAGAUAACGGUGAUCGCCUAUUACAACUAUGCUCAGAUAACCGCCUAUUUUUAGCUAGCACAAAUUUCAGAAAUAAAGAAAGACACUGUCUGACCUGGCGUCCACCGAGCUCAAUUUAGCGAUGGACACAGAUAGACCACAUUGCUAUUAGUCAUCGCUGGAGAGGAUCGGUGGAAGACUGCCGCUCCUUCUGGAGUACAUGUUUGGAUAGCGACCAUGCGUUGGUCUCAGCGUGUAUGCCUGUGUCUCAAUGAACGUAGAAGAAAUUCGGCAACAAAACCACUACGAGUGCUGCUGGACAACGAAAACAACAAAGCCGUGUUUAGUGAGAAAUUAGGCACUUAUCGGAAUAGAACACUAUCACUCAUCCAAAAGAAGCUUGGUGCCUUCUCCACUCUGCUGUAAAAGCAGUGCUGAAGACCGUAGCCGACUCUGAAAGAGUGGCUAAAAAGAGCCAAUGGAUAGAAGCAGCUUCUUCUGAACUAAUGCAUGCACGUGAAUGCAUCCCUGCCUGCAGGCUCUGACUAUAAUAGAGAGCGAGCGUAACUUAAAAGUAGACUGAGAAAAAGUCUAUGCAACAAACGUGAACAGUGGUGGGCAGUGAAUGCUAAGGAGAUGAAAAGGGCAGCGGCGAUUGGUAACAUUAGACAGUUAUUUAGACUUAUUAAGGAAACUGGGGGCAAAAGGUCGACAACAGUUAGUGAGGCUAUAACAGAGAAGGACGGAUCUGUGAUUCACUCGCAGGGGAGACGACUGGAACGAUGGGCAGAACGCUUCGAGGAACAGUUUAACUGGCCUCCAGCCACCAUUGCGUUGCCCGCUAUCCAGUCGGAUCCUGAGUGGGACAUAGAGACAGGCUCCCCAACACUAGGAGAAGUCAAGAAAGCGGUAGGUAACCUGAAACGGGGAAGGGCGGCAGGACCAGACAGACUAACUCCAGAGGUAUACAAGGGUGGUGGUAAGGUGCUCCUAGUCAGGUUAACGGAAGUGUUAAGCGAUAUAUUGGAAUCAAAUACGAUCCCCUCUGACUGGUCUAAAUCACUGAUUAUUCUAGUCUUCCUGAAAGAUGAGAAGUCCUCUUGUGAUAAUCACAGAGGAAUCAACCUGACGAACAUAGUGUCCAACGCCUGAGUGGAGCUCGGGAACAGCAAGCCCGAGGAAACCAGGGAGGAUUUAGACACGACCACGGGUGCAUCUACAAAAUAUUCACACUGUGCCAGGUCCUGGAACAUAGACACGCUUACCGACGCCCGACAAUAGCUGUAUUUCUCUACUUGAAGGUGGCAUUUGACUCCGUUGAUCGAGAAGUCUUAUGGCAAUGUCUGUCACUGAAAGGCGUGCCUAGUAAGUACAUCACCUUAUUGAAAGCCCUCUACUCGAACACUUGUGGGCAUGUUAGAGCAUAUGGUGAGAUGUAUGGGGAGUUAUGCUCAUCGGGUGGUGUCCAUUAAGGAUGCCCACUGUCUCCAUUCUUAUUCAAUUUCACUAUAGAUAUUCUUAUGGAGGUCUCCAUCUCGUUACCAGGUUACACAGACGUUGACCUAAUCACAGGAGAAUUUUCGUUAGACCUAGAAUAUGCAGAUGACAUAGUCCUGUUAGGUGAAGACGCUGACAAGAUGCAGAGUCUUCUGAACACUUUGAGUGGGAAUUUGAGAAUGUUUGGGAUGCAGUUCUCAUCACCCAAAUGCAAAUUGUCGCUCCAGGAUUGAUCUUCAACGGUCCCACAGCUAACACUAGAGAGUGACGUGAUUGAGUGUGUCGACCACUUCACUUACUUGGGAAGUAGGAUCACACCUGGUAGGUUAGUUGCCAUGAGAUCUCUGCACGACUGCAAAAGGCUCAAUUGGCUUUUGCCAGCUUACUCCGCCUAUGAUGCCACCGUGAUAUCCGAUUUUCUAUUAAGGGUCGCGUGUGCUGCACAGCAGUCCGACCAUUGAAGAUGGAAGACAUGAGAAGACUUCGGGUGUUUGACCACCAUUGCCUCCGUAGUAUAAGCCGUAUUCCAUGGUGUCACCAUGUGAGUAACACAGAAGUCAGGUGUAGAGUUUUAGGGAGAAGAGGUAAAUCAGUUGACACGGUUGUGAACCUUUAUCGACUGAGAUGGUUGGACAUGUGUUAUGUAUGCCUAGUCGCCGAUUACUUCGUCACACAAUGUUGGCCGAAGUAGGUUCAGACUAGAAUGAGGCCUAAGGUGGCCAGACAAAAAUAUAACACCAAUGUAUGAAGUCUUUGACUGUUGGUUUGGGCCAUGUGGGGUGAUGCAGACUGGGUGGUUGGGGUCCAUGGAGCAAGAGGAACUAGUGACUACAGACUCUAGGGGAUAUGUCCCGGAACCGAUGUCAGUGACGCAGAUGUAUACACAUAUUAUCCCCAUCUUAACACUAUACCGAAUCUCACUAUUUUUCCAUUCUUCUUUUCUUUCUUCUCGUACUUUCUAUUUCUUGUGACUGGAUUUUCUUAUCUUCAUCUUUCACCUUACUACCUUUCUACUUGAUGUACUGAUAUGAGGUGUGGCAACUCGGAACGUCACGUAGUAAUGCCUGAUCCUAUGUUGGUAUUGAUGAUGGUGAUGAUGCUACAGAACUUCAAAGCAUAGAC